AUGAAGAUCAAGGCCAUUAGCCGUUCCGUGUCGGCACAGCAGGCCGCCGGCUCGGACGUUUCCAAGCAGCCCCGCAACCUCGACUCGGCGCUGCACCCCUUCGAGCGCGCACGCGAGUACAAACGAGCCCUCAACGCUGUCAAGCUCGAGCGCAUGCACGCCCAGCCCUUUGUCGGACAGCUCGGACGAGGUCACGUCGACGGUGUCUACUCGAUCGCCAAGGAUCCCAACUCUCUCGAACACUUUGCCAGCGCGAGCGGUGACGGAGUUGUCAAAGUCUGGGAUCUUGCGGAUAGGGACGAGAUAUGGCAUGCCACGGCGCACGAGAACAUCGUCAAGGGCCUCGAGUGGACUCGCGAUCAGAAGCUGUUGACCUGCGCCGCCGACCGGACCAUCAAGCUGUUUGACCCCUACAACACACCCAGCGACGCCUCGCCUAUAUCAUCCUGGCUAGGAUCUGGAGCCUUUACAAGCCUGUCGCAUCACCGCUCAAAGAACGCCUUUGCCGCUGCUUCAAGUGUUAUAUCCAUCUACGACCUCGAGAGGCACACCGCCGCCCCCGAGGUUCUCCGCUGGCCAACCUCUGUCGACACCAUCACCAACGUCUCGUUCAACUAUGUCGAGACGUCGAUUCUGGCGUCGUGCUCCAACGACCGCUCCAUCGUCAUCUACGACCUCCGCACCUCGACCCCAGUCACAAAGACGGUCCUCAAGUUUGCGAGCAAUCGCAUCGCCUGGUCCCCCAUGGAGGCUUUCAACAUGGCUGUUGCAUCCGAGGACCACAACAUCUACCUCUUCGACAUGCGCAAGUUUGACCGCGCCCUUAACGUCCUCAAGGACCACGUUGCCGCCGUCAUGGAUGUCGAGUUCUCCCCCACUGGUGAGGAGCUUGUCUCUGCCUCGUGGGACCGCACCAUCCGCCUCUGGAACCGCGACCGUGGCCACUCACGAGACAUCUACCAUACCAAGCGCAUGCAGCGCGUCAUGGCGGCCGCCUGGACACCCGACGCCCGUUACGUCCUCUCAGGCUCCGACGACGGCAACGUGCGCCUCUGGCGUGCCAACGCCUCUCGCCGCGAAGGCGUCAAGUCGGCCCGACAGCGACAGGCCCUCGAGUACAACGACUCCCUGGUCCAGCGCUACCAGCACAUGCCCGAGAUCCGUCGCAUCCACCGUCACCGCCACGUGCCCAAGGUGCUCAAGAAGGCGGGCGAGAUCAAGGCUGAGGAGAUCAAGAGUAUCAAGCGACGUGAGGAGAACGAGCGCCGUCACACAAAGAAGCAGUUUGAGCGAAGAAGGAAUGAGAGAGAGAAGAUGGUUUUGGCAACGGAGAAGUAA